CGAGCAAGCGUCCUUACCUCGAUAUUGCAUGGGUGUACACGAAACGAACGAGGGAUACCGUACCGAUGUCAUCGGCAGAAUGGCCAGGGAUCGUUCCGGUUCGGAAUAUUCGGAGAAUAUGAGCGACGCCACGAGCUGCAGUUGUACGACGGGUUCCGUCGACGAGUGCUCGUUGCGCGGUUGCGGCAUGUUUCAAGAACCGUUUUUCCUCCAUCCGCCCGGCUCUAGACCUCGCGAUGGGAUCUACAUCAAUCCGAUGAGCGCGUACAUCGGCGAGCCGGCCAAACCGAAGGACACGGAAUCCUUCUACCUGCACAGUCCCCACGAUCUCGUGUAUACCAGGAUCACGAGGUUGUUCGCCGAUACCGACAAGCAUCGCCACACGGACAAGAAGGACGAUUCUCUGACCGUGAAAGUGGACGUGCACGUGAACGAUGCCCUCCUCGACCGGCCGUCCAGCGGAAACGGUUACGCGGUCAAGUCGGAUAUGGUUCGCGAGUCGACCGAGCACGCGUACGAGCAAAUCUGCCUGCGCCAGGAACCAGAAGUCGCCGGCGUAGCCACGCUGGCCCGAAAGAAGGCGGCCGACAACGCAUCCGACGGCAGCCGUUCCCGAAAGCCCGAUCGAAGAUACAGCAGAUCGAGUAGCGCGAGCGAGUCGUCGAACGCGAGCAGCGAGGUUCCCUGCUUCUCGUCCACCGCGUCGACACCCUCGCUGUCGCGAAACAGCAGCAACGAACGAGUCGGCAAGAACGCGUCCACGAGCCACGAGAAAAAAGAUUCGACGAGUUCGCGAGUAGAAAGCGAAAAGGAGAUCAAACCGGUCAGCAACGGAGCUAGUUUCGCGAAGCCACCGCCGCCACCGCCGCCACCUCCACCGCCCGACAAAGAAGACGUCGGUUCGCCAGCAGCGAAUGCCAAGCAAGUCGCGGAGACGACCGGCCGAGACGAGAAGAAGGAGAUCUGCAACCGCGAUGCCAGGACCGAGAGUGGCGUGUUCGCGUUGUCAGCGACCAACAAGUCCGACGUAUCCUGCGGCGAGCACCGCCAGCCGGAAGCGCCUCCUGCCAGUCCACCGGCAGACGCCGAAGAAAUUAAGGCGAGUCAAACGUCGCAUCUGGUGAACAAGCAUAUGGUGUUGCCGUUCAUACCUCCGAAGUUCGCGAACGCGGACUCGAACACCUUGCUCAAGCCGUCCGAGUACCUCAAGAGCAUAUGCAAAGCUUCCUCGAGAAACAGUCUGUCGAAAGCAAGGUCGGUGGAUAACUUGGACAUACAGAGCGGACGAAACGAUCGGAGGGAGAUUGGCCCCGGAUCGGAACGGCAACAUCGGCGUGGAGAGGAGCUCGAGCUGGAGGGGGAGGAAGACGAGGAGGAGGACGAGGGGGAGGAAGAAGAAGAAGAGACCGGAGAAGCAGGAAAGGGAGGAAGAAAGAAAUCCGCGUCGGGCCCUCCGCCGCCGCCGCUGUCGCCGCUUCAAAAAUCGCGUCGCAACGGCGAGAACUUGGCCGCUUCCGUCGACAACGGCAACACCGAAUCGGAAUCCCCGAAGAAUCCGCAGCCUCUCGCGACCAUCAGCAUCCAAGACUUAACGAGCAUCCAGCUGCGAAGAACCAGCGCGAAAAUGAACGCGACGAAAACGUUUUCCGCGCCGCCGCCUCGAAGCGUCUCCAUGACCAACGUUUCAGAGUCGUUCUUCGUUCAAAAGACCGACUUGAUCGCGGAACUUAAGCGAACCAAGGACAUUCCGGGCAUCAAGAAGCUGAAAGUCGAGAUGGCUCGAGUGGAGAAGACGCAAGAACAAAAUCUCAUAUCGGAGAUCAACAAAGCGUUCAACGUUUCGAACUUCGUCGACCAGAUCCCGGAGAAGGACAGUUCCGGCAACUUGAUACCGAUAUGGAAACGGCAAAUGUUGGCUCGAAAGGCUGCCGAACGAGCGAAGAAAGAGUUGGAGGAACAGAUUGCCAGAGAGAACGAGGAGAGACGACAAAAGGCGAUUCCCGCUUGGAAGAGGCAACUCCUCGCGAAAAAGGACAACGAGGAAAAAAGACUGAACCAAGCGCAAUCGGCGCAACCGGUGCAAUCGUCGCAAUCGGUGCCAGCGACGCCAACCGAGGCGACUCAAGCGAAGACGGACGCUUCGUCGGCUUGUCCGCGGACGGCGCACCGGACAGAAAAGACGGAGGACAAAUCGGAAGGCGAGGAGAAGAGAAACGAAUCGAAUCACGCCAACGGUCCGGACGACGACGGCCCGAUCAUACCCUGGCGAGCUCAACUCCGGAAGACUAACAGCAAGCUCAACAUUUUGGAUUGAUUGUCCCGACAUCGAGUAAAAAAGAAACGAAAGAAACGUGCGAACAAAACACAGAAUGUACAUAGAAACCAGUAAACUUUCUACCGAUCACUU